GGUAAACCCUCCAGUCUGUGUAGAGCCAAGCAACAGGCAGGAUGUACCCAGACAGAGAAAAGGAGGAACAAGGGCAGGAGGCGGGGUUAGUUAGAUGUUCAUCACUCCCCACUACACCCCCUCUACUUAGUGAUCCUAGGAUAUGUAUUACAGUUGCUCCCUUUACAGGAGGACCUUUCGAAGUUAGUGUAAAUAAAGGUGAUUCGGUGGAAGAGCUAAAACGAGUGAUUGCUAGGAGACUCAAGGUGUCCAAGGAGAGAAUUUACCUCCUUUAUAGAGAAAGUGAGCUUGUGGAUGGGAGUAUAUGUCAGAAUCUACUAGUAGAUGGAAGCACUGUAACCCUUCUACCUAGAGCUGAAACAGGACUUAUUGUGAAUGACUUCCUUUCCGGUUCAGCACCUUUGAAUUUGACAAUGAGGCUUGGUGAUCAUAUGAUGUUAAUUCAGCUCCAGCUCUCAACGGUAAAUCAAGUUUCAUCAUCGAGACGUAAAUCCUCAUCCAUUCAGAUAUCCUCUUCUAGUCCUCAAUCAUCCUCGUCGUCUAGAAGCUCAUCUUCACACUCAUCCUCCUCUUCUACACACUCCGCCUCAUCCUCUCAAACAGCCUCCUCCCACUCUUCCUCCUCCUCCUCCCCUUAUUCUAUCUUCUCCUCCUCUUCGAGUAAAUCCACCAGUACACCGUCUUACACUCCCUCCGCUACACACACACACGCCGCCAAUCACACUCCCUCCACAACACACACAUCCUCUGCUCCACGCACACCCUCCGCCUCACACACACCAUCCUCCCAGAAGGUCCGUAUACCUCUUCUCAGUCCCGGAGGCCUUUACUACAGCCCUGAAUCCCUCCCUUCAUCCUCCUCCGCCAUGGGACCUCCGCCACCCAGACAAUCCUCCCGGUCUGCGGCAGCUCCCAGCUACGAGCCUCCAUCCAAGAAACCAAAGCUUGAUACUCGAGCACUGGCGGAGGCGAGUAAGAAUCUAACCCAGACCUUGAAACAACUCUCCUCCGAAGUAAUGACGACAAAACCGGAGCAUAGACCUACUCCCGUCCCACCAACUAAACCAAAGAAAGAGGAAAAGAGUAGCAGGAAGAGACGAGCAGGAACAGAUAGCAGAGGCGCGAUUAUAGAAUCGAUGCAUCAUCACGGGAAAGGAGUCUAUUCUGGAACAUUCUCAGGAACCCUUAACCCUGCGCUUCAGGACGCGAACGGUCAACCCAAGCGCGACAUUACAACCAUUGUGCACAUUCUUAAUGAUUUACUGUGCGCGCAAUACAAGGCUUACAGCUCUGGUAGCAGAUCUAGUAGACAUAGAGAGAAAACCUCUACACAGACUUCUGAUCCUAAACAACCGUUUGACUCUACCCCCGACCCCAGUGAGCGCGAAGUGCUGGAGCAGCAGUUAAAUAUUACACGUAGUAAAAUGGAAACUCUCAAGAAGAUUAUGGAAGAGCGGAGAGCUAAACGUGAGGCUCGGAAGCAGGCUCAGGCCCGCCCCUACAGCACUGCAUGGUCCGUCAAGUCUGAAAGUAAACCUGUCGACGGAGAGGAAUCAGAGAAUUUUAUCUCCGUUGAACCUGAACCAGUAACAGUGCUCUAGGAGGCGUAACACGUGAUUGCUCCGAGACCCGGAAAGAAUCUUCCUGCUCCGGGAUUAGUUGGUAAACUCUAAAAUCUGGAGACAGGAGCCAAAACCUAAAUGUUAUCCGCCUUUGUGACUAAAUACAAGCUUGAGUUAAAUCUUAUUUAUAAGACUUAUGGUUCAAAGUAGGAUUAAAGAUACUCCAGUGUUAGAUGCGUUAACCUUCUAAAGCUAGUUUCAUCCAGCAUGCAAAGGUUUUCUAUGCAGUAUGGAGUGCAUUGAACCAUGUGCUGCGGUCUUAGAAUUCAACUCAGAGAUUCUGAGACUAAAAUGUUUUACAGCAAGGUUUCGAACCAGACUUGGGAGCAACGAACUCAGUGCUUUGGGAUUUAAGUCAUCGUAAACCCGAAGCAAAGUUCUUUGCUUUGCCUUGUGUUUUAAAUACUUACUGGAGCAUAAAUCUACAUCGGAACAUUAGCCUCUCUUGCUUCGAAGCAUCGGGUCUUAGAAGCAUUGAACCCCACCGCUAGAAAUCCUCUAGAAUAUUACAGACUGAUAAAAAUCCUUAAACUAGACUUGGAAAGUUAAUGAUAAUUCUGAGUUUGUUUAAACCCCAGCUAGCCUGUUACCUACCUAAAAUACUGUUAAGUUAUAUAAAAUCUAGGUUAAAAUAUAGGUCUGUGAUAGCUGAGUUAAACACUCUGCUUGUAUUGCCCCCCGCAAUACUUAAAUUCAUACAGUUCUUUGAGAAGCACGGCCACCAAAGCGGCCGGUUGGCCUUUGUCGGAACAUUUUCGUCCAUGAUCGACGAUUUUUUAUGCUUUGACUGCUGCUACAGGCUUCUU